UGGAAGCGGAGCGCUGAUGCUGAAGAUCAGAGGACACAGUGGGAUACGAGCAUCACCGGGAACCGACUGAAGAAUCGAGCCAAAUAUUCGGUCUUCGGUAGCAUGCGUCAGGACGGAUCAAUGCAGGUGGCGGCACAGAAAGAAGGUUCUGACCAGAACUUUGAUUACAUGUUUAAACUGCUGAUCAUUGGAAACAGCAGUGUAGGAAAGACAUCGUUUCUCUUCCGAUACGCUGACGACGCCUUCACGUCAGCGUUUGUGAGUACAGUGGGCAUCGAUUUUAAAGUCAAAACUGUCUACAAGAAUGAGAAGAGAAUCAAGCUGCAGAUCUGGGAUACCGCUGGGCAGGAGCGAUACAGAACCAUCACCACGGCAUACUAUCGAGGAGCCAUGGGCUUCAUCCUCAUGUAUGACAUCACUAACGAGGACUCAUUCAGAGCCGUCCAGGACUGGUCAACCCAGAUAAAGACGUACUCCUGGGACAACGCACAGGUCAUCCUGGCAGGAAAUAAAUGUGACAUGGAGGAGGAGAGAGUUGUGUCCAUGGAUAGCGGCAGACUGCUGGCAGAACAGUUGGGUUUUGAGUUUUUCGAAACGAGUGCCAAGGACAACAUCAACGUGAAGCAGACCUUUGAGUGUCUGGUGGACAUAAUCUGCGACAAGAUGUCAGAGAACUUAGAGACUGACCCCGCUGUAACCACAGGAACCCAGGGAACAGCGAGGUUAACAGAUAACCCUCCACCACUACAGCAACCUAACUGUGCCUGUUAGUG